AUGGAUAAAUUUAAGGCUGCACUUGUUCUGGCUGGGGUAGGGGAUGCUCUCGGUUAUCGCAAUUUCUCCCGCGAAAACAAUGCCUUAGGAGCAAAAAUCCAGCAGGAGCUGAAGGAAAUCGGAGGGCUCGAGAACCUGGUGCUGUCUCCUGACAAGUGGCCAGUAAGUGACAACACGCUCAUGCACAUGGCUACAGCUGAGGCUGUCAUCACAGAUUACUGGUGUUUGGAGGACCUGUACCGCGAGCUGGUGAAGCGCUACGUGGAUGCUGUGGAGAAGCUCUCGGGCCGGCGGCCGGACCCCGCCACCAUCGAGGGCUGCAGGGAGCUAAAGCCAGACAACCACCUCCUGGCCUGGCACACCCCCUUCAAUGAAAAGGGUUCUGGAUUUGGAGCCUCCACAAAAGCCAUGUGUUUAGGGAUGCGAUACUGGAAGCCAGAAAGGCUGGAGUCGCUCAUUGAAGUGAGCAUUGAGUGUGGACGAAUGACUCACAACCAUCCCACAGGUUUCCUAGGGUCCCUUUGCACAGCUCUCUUUGUGUCAUAUGCAAUACAAGGGAAACCCCUUGCUCAGUGGGGCAGAGAAAUGAUGAAGGUUGUGCCUAUGGCUGAAGAAUACUGUAAGAAGACCAUUCGUCACAUGGCAGAAUAUCAAGAGCACUGGUUUUACUUUGAAGCCAAGUGGCAGUUUUAUUUGGAGGAGAGAGAAAUCAAUGAGGAAAAUCAGAAUCAACCUGUCUUUCCAGCCAACUAUGAUGCUGAGGAGAGAGAAAAGACGUACCGGCGCUGGAGCUCCGAAGGCCGGGGGGGACGGCGAGGCCACGACGCCCCCAUGAUCGCCUACGACGCCCUGAUGGGCUGUGGGGGGGACUGGACAGAGCUCUGCAACCGCUCCAUGUUCCACGGAGGGGAGAGCGCGGCCACGGGCUCCAUCGCGGGCUGCCUGUUCGGCCUGGUCUACGGCCUGAGCAAGGUGCCCAAGGGCUUGUACCAGGACCUGGAACAACGGGAGAGGCUCGAGUUCUUGGGCGAGAACCUUUACCGGCUAUCCAUGGAGGAAAAGUAA